CGGCAGUGGCCGCGGCGCAACCGGCCGCCGUCCCCGGGCCCGUCCCGCCGGGGACGCCGGGCGCGGCCAGCCAGCCCCGGAGCCAGGCCCGCGGGCAGCGGCGGAGGCGGCGGCGGAGCUGGGCAGGUGGAUGCGGCUGGAAGAUGGCGCCCUCGGGCCCGGGCAGCGUCAGGCGGCGGUGCCGGCGGGUCCUGUACUGGAUCCCCGUGGUGUUCAUCAGCCUCCUGCUCGGCUGGUCCUACUACGCCUACGCCAUCCAGCUGUGCAUAGUGUCCAUGGAAAAUAUUGGAGAACAAGUUGUAUGCCUGAUUGCGUAUCAUCUACUUUUUGCAAUGUUUGUCUGGUCGUAUUGGAAAACUAUCUUUACAUUACCAAUGAAUCCUUCAAAAGAAUUCCAUCUCUCUUAUGCAGAAAAAGAAUUGCUAGAGAGAGAGCCAAGAGGAGAAGCCCACCAGGAAGUUCUUAGGCGAGCAGCCAGAGACCUUCCCAUCUACACCAGGACCAUGUCUGGAGCAAUCCGCUAUUGUGACAGAUGCCAACUUAUAAAACCAGAUCGCUGCCAUCACUGUUCCGUCUGUGAUAAAUGUAUUUUGAAGAUGGAUCAUCAUUGCCCAUGGGUGAACAAUUGUGUUGGAUUUUCAAAUUAUAAAUUUUUCCUCCUUUUCUUGGCUUAUUCUCUGCUGUACUGCCUUUUUAUUGCUGCUACAGAUUUACAGUAUUUUAUCAAAUUUUGGACCAAUGGCCUACCUGAUACUCAAGCCAAGUUCCAUAUUAUGUUUUUAUUCUUUGCUGCAGCUAUGUUUUCUGUCAGCUUGUCUUCUCUGUUUGGCUAUCAUUGUUGGCUAGUCAGCAAAAAUAAAUCUACAUUAGAGGCAUUUAGAAGUCCAGUAUUUCGACAUGGAACAGAUAAGAAUGGAUUCAGCUUGGGUUUCAGUAAAAAUAUGCGACAGGUUUUUGGUGAUGAGAAGAAGUACUGGUUGCUACCCAUUUUUUCAAGUCUAGGUGAUGGCUGCUCCUUUCCAACUUGCCUUGUUAACCAGGAUCCUGAACAGCCAUCUACUCCUGCAGGAUUGAAUUCAUCAUCUAAAAAUCCUGAAAACCAUCAAUUUCCUGCAAAGCCAUUGAGAGAGUCCCAGAGCCACCUUCUUACUGAUUCUCAAUCUUGGACAGAGAACAGCACAAACCUGGGAAAAGGUAAAGCUGGUAUGAGCAAUCCUGCACUUACCAUGGAGAAUGAGAAUUAACUCUUCUAACAAAAUUUACUCAUACUUCACGGAAGUAAUCAGUGCUGUCGAUGGAUGGAAGAGGCUUCCCGCAGGAAGGCACCACUAACUAGCUGUUCCCACCCCCUCUGGCUGGAUAUGCAGAAUGUGAAUUGACCGUUUCUCUCCAAGCUGUUGCUUAAAACAUAACACAUUUUUACUCCAGUGUACAGAUUGUUUCAGCUGACACAGAUUCCUCUUAAACAUUAAAAGUAGUUAUGGUUUAUGAAUCAAGGACAAAAAUAUCUUCUAUCAUAAAAACUUGGAAUAAAUUCAUGGGCCAGUUUUCACCCAGAUAUUUGGGGAGCACAACUUACCACAUAAAAAACCCACUGAUCCUCUGAUUUUCUGAUUCAGAAAAUUGAGACUAUUAAGAUACUGAGAUUUAAAAGAUUUCACGUAACAUUAUAAUGAUAAGCUUUAUUCGUAAAACCUGUUACCUACGAGAAGGUGGAGGUAGCAGAUGAGACUUGUUUACUCCCUCUGAUGUGAAUCUAGCCUUAGGCUGCGUGAACUGUAAAAACUAUGAAUCAUUACAAAUUUCAAGUGGCCUGCAGUUGAAGAUGACCAUCCAUUUUUUUUUUUUUUUUUUUUUUUUUGCCAGACUUUAAUUCUAGCCUUUGUUCCCUGCUGGAAAAGAAGUGAUCAUUGAAGCUUGAGCUCAACUGGCUGGAAAAUCUUUGUCAGAAUUAAUACAUUUCUAUUACAUCAGAAAUAUAUUUUUCAUUUAUUUUAAUUAUCUGAAAAUGGGGGAAAGUCUAUAAUAACAAUUAUGAAGAUUGGUUUAUGAUAUUCUUUUGCUGGUUUAGCUUUUAAAAGUCUCUUUUUAGGUUAUUCUAUUGAACAUAGCAAACAUUGAAUUUUUGUUAAGAAUCCCUGAUGGGCCAAUGAAUUAAUCCUUCAUUGACAUCUAUAUUAUUUCUUUUUCCUCUCAUCAGAAGUAUGACAGUUAAACUACAUACGUCCUCAAAUACCUGUUAAGAUUAAAUUAUGCAAAUCAUCAAACAAAAAUCAUAUCCUUUUGGAAAUUUAGUCCCACAGGAACUGAAUGGUGUGCUGUUUGGAAACUGAGUUUAAGAUAAACUACAGUGGUGUGUUUGUUGAUGCCAAAAUGUUCGGCUUCAGUAAAUAUACUAAGAAGCUCUUGUGCCUUCUAUGCACUAUUAAAGAGUCUUAUUCUUUUUUAAUUUGAUGGAGUGCAAGUUUUGUAAAUGUUAGCAAUUAGAAUACGCUGUAUACAUUUUUUUGGUACUGAUUUUGAGAAUUUAAAGCAGAUUACCCUUUAAGACUACACAGCUAAGGAACUGGUAUUUAAACAAAGAGAAAAUGGUAUUAAAGUUUUCAAAAUCUGAAUUAGAUAAAUUCAACACAAAGUAGACUAGAAGACCAGAGGAUAAUGGAGUAACAGAUCUUUGCAGUUGCUCAUCCUUGCUAAAAAUAUGAAGUUUUAUAUUAAAUGACUUCAUAAAAGAACCACUGUCAGCCCAGUCCAUUUUGUAAAUCAUUUGAGUGCAAUUCUUUGAGCAAUAGGAUGGUGGUCUUUUUCAGGGUUUUUUUUUAAACUAAAGAUUUUGAUCUGACAAUCUACUUCAAGAAAACUCGGAAGAUAUGAUACAUUCUUACUUUUAUCCUAAAGCAUUGUUUGGUCAUCGUUUUCAUUACCUGAAGUGCCAGGUUGGAACCUAUAGCUCCUGUUAGAAGUCUUAAGGGCAAGAGCAUCACAUAAUGUAUUCAGAAUUAUAUGCAGCCAGAUGUUUUUCAAAGCACAGUACUAGAGCUGUUUUUAUGGACAGGAUUCUGUUGGGUGACCCCCUCCUGUCAAACUAGAAAUUAGGGGAAAAAGAGGGAUUUUUAUUCUUUACCUUGCUAGAGUACUGUUAAUUUCCCCCCCUCCCUUUAGCUCUUUCAUGUAAUUAUUCAAAUCCAUAAGUCAAUAUACAUUAGAAUCAGAUGAAAACAUUUUUCAAAAUAAAGUUUUUUUCAUUAAGUUGUAA